CAGCGCGUCGCAGCCGGUCCCCAGGGGCACCCGAAUUGCCCAGCACCCAGCACCCUCUCAGGGUCAUGGGCAGGGUUUCCUUCAGCGUCCGAUUGGGCUCCAUCCGGAGACCCCGCUGUCCUUGCCAGGGGCGAUGCUACCUCUCCUGCAGAGCCGGUUCUCCGCACGCGGCGCUCCACGCACCUGGCGGACUUGGCUGCGCGCUGGCGCCGGGGCGGGCUGCAGAGGGGGCGGUCGGUGCCAGCGCCCCGGGGGUCUCCGGCUUCCUCUUCGCACCAGCCACGCAGGCGCCCCGCAGCUGGAAGGACCGCGCGGCAGCCUUGCCUGACCCAGACGUGUUGGGAGCUGAUGACACUAACAGAGGUGACGGCUGCUCUCAGAUGCUGGUGACUACCAACCUUCUUCGCUUCCUGCUGCUGGUCCUGAUCCCGUGUAUCUGCGCUCUGGUCGUCCUGCUGGUGAUUCUGCUUUCCUUUGUGGGAACAUUAAAAAAGACUUAUUUUAAAUCAAAUGGAAGUGAACCUUUGGUCACUGAUGGUAAAGGCCAAACCUCGGAUGUUAUUCUCACAAACACAAUCUAUGACAAGAGCCCUGUGGUGUCUACUGCUCCUCCCAGCCAGCACAUUUCAGCCUGGACGACGGGCGCUUCGCUCCCAGGGGACCAAAGCCACUGGAAUAUAAGUGCCUGCAAGAACAUCACCCACAGUCAAUGUCUGAUGUUGCCCUACCACACCACGCUAGAGCCACUCUUAUCAAUUGUCAAAAACAUGGAAAUGGAGAAGUUCCUCAAGUUCUUCACGUACCUCCACCGCCUUGGUUGCUAUCAGCACAUCAUGCUAUUUGGCUGUAGCCUCGCCUUCCCUGAGUGCAUCAUUGAUGGCGACGACAGUUGGGGACUCCUGCCCUGUAGGUCCUUCUGUGAGGCUGCAAAAGAAGGCUGUGAAUCAGUCCUGGGGAUGGUGAAUUACACCUGGCCCAAUUUCCUCAAAUGUUCCCAGUUUAGAAACCAAACUGAAAACAGCAACAUCAGCAAGGUUUGCUUCUCACCACAGCAGGAAAAUGGAAAGCAAAUGCUCUGUGGAGGGGGCGAGAGCUUUCUGUGUGCCAGUGGACUCUGCAUCCCCAGCAAACUGCAAUGCAAUGGCUACAACGACUGUGAUGACUGGAGUGAUGAGGCUCAUUGCAACUGCAGUGAGAAUCUCUUCCAUUGUCAUACAGGCAAGUGCCUUAAUUACAGCCUUGUGUGUGACGGGUAUGAUGACUGUGGGGAUCUGAGCGACGAGCAAGGCUGUGAUUGCAAUCCCGCACAAGAGCACAGCUGUGGGGAUGGGCACUGCAUUGCCCUGGAGUGGGUGUGUGACGGUGACCAUGACUGUGCGGAUAAGUCUGACGAGGCCAACUGCUCUUGUCACAGCCAGGGGCUGGUGGAGUGCAGGGAUGGACAGUGCAUCCCCAGCACGUUCCAGUGUGAUGGAGACGAGGACUGUAAGGACGGGAGUGACGAGGAGAGCUGCAGUGACAGUCAGACCCCAUGUCAGGAAGGAGACCACAGAUGUCUCUACAAUUCCUGCCUUGAUUCAUGUGGUGGCAGCUCUCUCUGUGACCCGAACAAUAGUCGGAAUAACUGUAGUCAGUGUGAACCAAUUACAUUGGAACUCUGCAUGAAUUUGCCGUACAACUAUACAAGUUAUCCAAAUCACCUCGGACACAGGACUCAAAAAGAAGCCUCCAUCAGCUGGGAGUCCUCUCUUUUCCCUGCCCUUGUUCAAACCAACUGUUACAAAUACCUCAUGUUUUUUGCUUGCACCAUUUUGGUACCAAAGUGUGAUGUGGACACCGGCCAGCGUAUCCCCCCUUGCAGAGCCCUGUGUGAGCUCUCUAAAGAGCGCUGCGAGUCUGUUCUGGGGAUUGUGGGCCUGCAGUGGCCUGAAGACACAGACUGCCAUCAGUUCCCAGAGGAAAAUGCGGACAAUCAGACCUGCCUGAUGCCCGACCAGUACGUGGAAGAGUGCUCACCCAGCCACUUCAAGUGCCGCUCAGGACGGUGUGUUCUGGCUUCCAGGAGAUGUGACGGCCAGGCUGAUUGCGAUGACGACAGUGACGAAGAAAACUGUGGUUGUAAAGAGAGAGAUCUUUGGGAAUGCCCAUCCAAUAAGCAGUGUUUGGAGCACACAGUGAUCUGCGAUGGCUUCCCAGACUGUCCCGACAGCUUGGAUGAAAGAAACUGCUCAUUUUGCCAGGAUGAUGAGCUGGAAUGUGUAAACCACCAAUGUGUGUCACGGGACCUGUGGUGUGAUGGGCAGGCGGACUGCUCGGACAGUUCGGACGAGUGGGCCUGCGUGACGCUUUCUAAAAAUGCAAACUCCUCUUCCUUCCUGACGGUUCACAGAGGUGCCACAGAACAUCACGUGUGUGCAGAUGGCUGGCAGGAGACACUGAGUCAGCUGGCCUGCAAGCAGAUGGGUUUAGGAGAACCGUCCGAGACCAAACUGCUACAGCAGCAGGAGAAUGACCAGCGGUGGCUGAUGUUACACCCUCUCUGGGGGAGCCUCUCAGGGACCACUUUGCACAAGCUGCUUGUAAACGGGCAGUCUUGUGAGAGUGGAAGUAAGAUUUCUCUUCUGUGUAAUAAACAAGACUGUGGGCGCCGCCCUGCUGCCCGGAUGACCAAGAGGAUCCUCGGGGGCCGAACGAGCCGCCCUGGACGGUGGCCGUGGCAGUGUUCUCUGCAGAGCGAACCCAGUGGGCACAUUUGUGGCUGUGUGCUCAUCGCCAAGAGAUGGGUGCUCACAGUUGCCCACUGCUUUGAGGGACACAUUAUCCAGAAUAAUGUUGGAGAAAAUAUUUGGACACCGUAUUUCUGUCAAAUUGAUACAUAAAAUGAACAUCACAAUAUGUGUAAAGAGAGAAGAUAGACUAAGGGGAAGCCAUCCCCAAACCGGCAAACAUCAUUGCGGAAAAUCCCCGUCUCUUCUGGCUGUCAAUUGCCAUGUCAUUUAGGAGCAAACAAAAUAAAACAAAAAUCAAACAAAACAACAGAACCCCAGGUAUUUAUUGUGCUCACUGAAGAUUCUGGGGAUUAAAUAUUCAGACAGGACAGAGCUGGCACACUUUGUCUCAUGCUGCACCAUCUGGAGCCUCAGCUGGAAGAUUCUCAAGCAGGAACCAUCUGACGUCUGGCAGGCGAUGCUGCCUGUUGGGGCAGCCACGGCCCUAGGUCCUGUCCUCACGGGAUGCACUAUCUGGAAUCCUCCACAGGGAGCUUUCCCAAAAGGGAGCCAGGAGGAAGCUGCCAUACUUUUUUUGACCCAGCCUCCUAAGACACAUCACAUUAUUCUAUUAGAAUAACACUUUAUUGGGCGGUGCCUGUGGCUCAAAGGAGUAGGGCACCAGCCCCAUAUGCCGGAGGUGGCGGGUUCAAACCCAGCCCCGACCAAAAACUGCAAAAAAAAAAAAAUAAUAAUAAAAAUAAAUAAAUAAACAAAAAAAAUAAUAACACUUUAUUAAAAUGAAGUAAUUUUACUUCAUUUUCUGCAAAUUAGUACAACCUCUAUGGAAAACAGUAUGGAGAUUCCUCAAAGAAUUAAAAGUAGACCUACCAUUUGAUUUGGUAAUUUUAUUAUUGGGUAUUUCCAGAAGGAAAAGAAAUCAUUUUAUCAAAAAGACACCUGUACUCAAAUGAUUAUUUGCAGCAUAAUUCACAAUAACAAAGAUGUGUAAUCAACCCAAUUGCCCAUCAGUUCACAAGUGGAUUAACAAGAUGUGGUGUGUGUACGCCAUAGAGUAUACUCAGCCGCAGAGAAGGAUGACUUCGUGCCUUUUGCAACAAUUUGAAUGCAAUAGGAGACCAUUAUCCUAAGUGAAUAUCUAAAGGAUGGGAAAGCAAACAUCACAUGUACUUACUAUUAAAUUGGAACUAACUGAAGAGCACACACGGACUUAGAGGGAAGGAAAACUUAAGGGAAAUCAAGCAGAGGGAGAGGGGAAGAGGGACGGAUGAAACCCUACCUACUGGGCACCAUGAACGCCAUGUGGGUGAUGGGCAUACUUACAACCAUGACUCAGCAUUAUAAAAGUGAUCACCCCAAAUAUUUGUACCUCCAUAAUAUUUUGAAAUUUAAUUUAUUAUUAUAAAUUAAAAUUAUUAUUAAUGAUAAUUUAUUAUUAUUCUUCAGUUGGUGGUCAUCUGGGUUACCUCCAGUUUGUUGCAAUAAACCUUCUACAACAAAGCUACUCACCUACUGGGACUCUUGUUUAUAGCGGUGAGAGUCUCAGCGCACACAUUUAGCUCCUUAUGAGUGUCACAGAGAUAGGAAUAUGUUUUGUUCCCUAAGGUGUUAACCUGGUGAAUGGAUAGACAUUUGCACAAGUAAUUAGAAUACAAUGUGAAAAGUGGCUGUAAAAUGGAAAUGCGUACUUCCAAUUAUUUGAUUGUUGUCUAGGGGAAAAUAAAAUAUAAAAAAAUCAAACCAGUAUCUCUUCUUGAGAACUUUUAACAUACAAAAUCCAGAAUGAUUGGAAGAGUCUGCUUACUUAGGCAAGAAAUACACUACACUCUUAUUGCUUUGGAAGGGGCCAGUGUUCCCAGAUGUCUUUUCCAGUUCUGAAUUGUAACUCCCUGAUAAGUACAUUAUACGAGCAAGACUAUAUUCAUCACAUGAUUGCCUAACAUGAAUCCCAUAGUCCUGGAAGGGAACAAUACUCUGUUUGUGUUAGUUAAUCCAGGUUCAUG